ACUAAAGGGAGGAACAGAGUGAAGAGGAAGGGAGAGAGGCAUAGUAAGGAGGUUUAGGAGCGAGCAGGAGUUGUUGCCGGUGAUACAGUACAGACAAACAGACACAACUCAUUUUCCUCCUGCAGCUUCCACGCGCAGCGGCGAUCCCGGUGUGUUUUAAACAACCAGGGGUGGAAGUGCAGGCGACAGAGAAAGGGAGUUGCCUCCUAGCAGAGGUCAGGCAGGCAGGCAGGCAGGCAGGCAGAGGGGAAGGCGGUGGAUGUUUUUAAGAGUUUGCUUAUCUGACACUGACAACAGGAUGAGAAGCUGAGCGUGGGAGCAGAGAGGGGAGAAAAACAUGGAGAGAGUAGCGUUACCCACAGUGCAUUUACAUAGGAGACAUAGGAGAGACAGGCACUGGUUACCUUGAGAGAGGUAAAAACAGAGAGAGAGAGAGAGAAAGAGGUAAAUAGUCCACCCUGUCCAUUCUGUCCAAAGGACUGGGAGCGAGAGCCGAGGGAUCGUAACACUGGAGCUCAAGGAUAAACCAUGGACUCUGCAUACAUCCCACCACACCUGGACGUCCACCAUGUUCCCUGCUAACCUCCUGCUCCUCAUGGUCCUGCUGCUACCUCAAGCCUCGUCUGGUGGCCAGGGUGGAGACACCAGCAAGAUCGACCAUGGCAGGGUGUCCCCCGUGCCUUCCUCCUUGCCGCCCCCACCAGCAGGUUCCCUCCUGAAGCCCAGUCUGGCUCAGACCAUCCAGGGUCUCCUCCUGAGUCGGCUGGGCCUGCAGUCGCAGCCUGACCCUCGGCCCGGAGUGCCGGUUCCCCGGUACCUCCUGGAUCUUUACCGCUUCCACCAGCAGCAGUACCAUCUAGUGGAGGACCCUUCAUUUAUCUUCCCCAGCCAGCACAUCCAGCAGGCUAACACCGUACGCAGUUUUCACCACAAUGAGCUCCUUGGAGAGAGUCCUCUAGCAGAUGGUCUUAAGAGGGUGCACAUCUCCUUUAAUAUUUCCUCUAUCCCUGAGGAUGAGAGGGUGCUCUCCGCUGAGCUUCGCCUCCUCCGCAGUAACAGAGCCUCCUUGGGCCCUGGGGCCCACAGACUAAACAUAUACCUCACUGAGCACCAUGAGGACCCUGAGCCCAUCUUGCUGGAGACAAGGUUACUCACCGCUGGCCUGAACAGCCAUAAAGCAAAUGGUUUCUGGGAGGCUUUUAGCCUAAAUACAGAACUCCUCCAUAAGGCUCUUGCUAGGGCUGGCAACCUGGGCUUCCUCCUAGAGGUCAGACCUGAGAAUAGCACCACCUCACUUCUUGACCAGAACUUCUCCUCUGCUACAAGCGAGGAGGGGCCAGAGAAACACAAGGAGGGUCACCUGAGAGUAUGCAGGUCUGUGGAUCAGGACGAGCACAGCUGGGCCCAGGAGAGACCACUAUUGGUGACCUACAGUCAUGAUGGCCACGGAGAGCCCUUAGUCAAGCAUGGCAGGAGGACCCCCAGUGUUGGCCAGAGGAUGAGAGGGAAAAAGGGGACAAAAGAGAGGGCCAGGAGCAGCAGUAAGGGCCUCAAUAGAGACCAAACUUAUGGGAGGGCCAAAAAAAUGGGGUACACAGUGCCAGGGUGGGAGCAUGAAAAGGGCUGGAAUGAAAGAGGAAGGGUGAAAAGAAAUGGUGGUCGCGCUGCAAAACUGAAGCGCCUCUCUCGUAACAGAUGCCGCCGUCAUCCUUUGUAUGUAGAUUUCAAUGAUGUGGGCUGGCACAAGUGGAUUAUUGCGCCCAGUGGCUACGACGCCUUCUUCUGCCUGGGAGAGUGUCGUUUUCCUUUGGCCGACCACAUGAACUCCUCCAGCCACGCCAUGGUGCAAACUCUGGUAAACUCUGUGAAUGGAGCAGUGCCUCGGGCCUGCUGCGUCCCCACCUCCCUCAGCCCCAUCGCCCUGCUCUACCUGGACCCUCAAGAUCGAGUGGUGCUGAAGAAUUACCAGGACAUGGUGGUGGAGGGCUGUGGCUGCCGGUAGUGGGCCAGAGAACUCACCCAGAGAAAGCCAGACGUGGACGGAGGAGCAUCGGGGGAAUAGAAGAAAGCCAGAAGCAUGAAAAGGCAGAUGGUUGGAAGAAGAGACUGUAGGGGCCAGCUAACUGCAAACAGACAUGGAGACUAAUGGAGACAAAUGUAGCAGGAUAAGAAGGAGGAGUGGAGAGGAAGAGAAUAUGGAAAUGCAUACAGCCGCUAAAUCAUCAUUAUCAGGAGCAAGAAAAGGGUGAGACAUAGAAAGAGAAAGAAAAGAAGUGAGAGAAAGAGACAUAAUCUGCCACACAAUGUGACAAUGAUUACACAGUAAGGUGCAGGGGGAAGUGCAAGCAGAAAUAUGGUCAACACAGGUAAACUGCCAGGAAUAACUAUUUACUUUUUCACAUUUCACAAUGAUGCAGCUGCGUCCACCAUCAACUGACAGGCCACUUGGCGCUUUAACAUCAAGUUGUGUCUAGUCUGUACUGCAGUAUCUGCCGCUCAUCUCACAACCAUCUGAGGAACAUGUGUUUGGCUGUUGUCAAAGGCAGCCAAAAUGGUAAACACUUCGAGAAGGCAGUCGUGGACUUACUUCAGUUCAAGCUCUAGUGCAGAACUUUCUAUGGACAUCCUGAUGAUCAGAUUAGUUGAUGAUUAGCAAUGCAACGAUGGCACUAGCACGGCACCUAAACUUUGUGUGACAGUGUUAUUCUGCAGUAUUUGAACCGAGAAGUAGGGUGCAACUGUUUUUAUGAAGGGUAAUAUAAUGACAGACUACCACUUACAAGCACCCCUACACCACAAGCUAUUUAAAACCACAACAAUAAUGCUGAGGAACUAUUAUGCUAUUGUUUGAAUGUACUACUAUCACUAUUAUUUAAAAAAAAGAGACUUUCUUUGUACAUUUCUUUUGCAGACGUGAAGAAAAUCCAAGUGAUGGUUGUCUUGUGAUUACACAUAAUUCCACUGAAUGGCAAUUCUAACUUAAAAGACACAUUAUAUAUUUAAAUAGCAGCAAUAUGGUGUAUUUAAUCUUGAAAAUAUUUAAGAUACCUGCACUCAAUGGCCCAUAGAGCAAACUGAAAGCCAGCCGUCUACAUGAAAUAAGUUAUGGUAGCUUUACAUCCGUACAAAUGUUCAGUGUAUUGAAUUAACAGUCUGUGUUACUUUAACCUGCCACCUUAUCAUUACACACAUUUUGGUGUACAACACAUGAUAGCAGACAUAAAUGGUGUUGCAUUUAAAAGCUCAACUAACAAGUCAUUUGAAAGCUCUAUGUAUUGUAGCUACUGAAAUGUGUAACAACAGGUGUCCUUGCUAGUUGUGUCUGCAUGUGUCCACAAAUAAAAAAAAAGGAAGAUUGAUAUUAAAACUGGGACUUUAGUGCCUUUCAAACAGGGGCUUUAAAAGUGUUCUCUGUCAAGCUUAACUGAUUUUCAGUGCUUUCUCUCUACAUGGAAACAUUUAAGCAGCAGCUUGUAAAAUGUUUGACAAUAUACCUCUAAUAAACAAAGCAAACAGCA